AUGGUGGCAAAUCUGUUCAAGCUGCACUCUCGAGAGUGGGACACAGAAAAGAUCGAGAGUUUAUUCCCAUCGCUGGUCCCAAAAAUACUAAGCAUCAAGCCCAGUAAACAAGGUGCACCAGACAGAAGAAUCUGGUUAAAAAACACUGCAGGAGUCUACUCAACAAAAACAGGCUACUAUUCAGCUCUGGAGGAUAGGGAGAAUCAAGAAUCAAUUCUGCAGCAGCAACAAUUUAACUGGAUAAGAGACGUCUGGACAUUACCAACAGCAGAGAAAAUAAAAGUGUUCAUCUGGAAAGCUUCCCUAGAUGCGCUACCAGUCAAUGCUAACCUAGCAAACAGACAGAUCAUUCUAAAACCAGAUUGUGCUAUUUGUGGGGAAAGUGAAUCAAUCCUACACCUAUGCUUCCUUUACCCUUUCGCUCAAAGAGUAUGGGAUCGUGUACCUUUUGCUUCAUCGUUUAGAGCAGCGGCGCACGAUAGCUUUGGAGCAGGAUGGAGAGCCCUACAGGAUAAUAUUUGUCUCCCUCCGGUGGGCCUCGGGCAGAGAAUCCUUGCUCCCUGGGUAAUCUGGAACCUAUGGACAGCAAGGAAUUACUGUAUUUUUCAAGACAUAGGCUUUUCUGAACAAGAAACGAUAACAAAGGCAAUCGGUGAUGCCUGUGAAUGGGUCAAUGCUCAAAGCAUCAUACCCCCCUCCCACCCAAGAGAAUAA